CACAGGAGCAGCUCCUACAGAGAAAAACAUACAGACCAGGCUGAUGCGUCUGUAGAUCUCCUACAGACAGGAGUAAGGCUCUGGGAUGAGGACAGGCCUGUCCUGUUGACCUCCACAGUCAUGAUGGGUAAGAAGCUCUCUGUUCAGAUCAUCUUCUACGAGGGCAGGAAUUUUGAGGGACGCCACUAUGAGUGCAGUGGUGACUGCGCUGACAUGCACUCCCACUUCUCCCGAUGUAACUCCAUUCGGGUGGACAAUGGGUGCUGGAUGGCCUAUGAGAAGCCUAACUUUUCUGGGUACCAGUACAUGCUGACAAGGGGGAAGUACCCUGACCACCAUCGCUGGUCCGGCUUCAACGACUGCAUCCGCUCCUGUCGCAUAAUCCCAGCUUACAAUGGAAACUACAGGAUGAAGAUCUUUGAGAGAUCAGACUUUGGGGGAAAGAUGAUGGAGCUGAGCGACGACUGCCCCAACCUGCAGGACCGCUUCCACCGGAGAGACAUUUCCUCCUGCAAUGUUAUGGAGGGCUACUGGAUCCUCCACGAGCACCCAAACUACAGGGGCCAUCAGUACUUCCUGCGCCCUGGCGAGUACAACAAGCACAGCGACUGGGGCAGCAUGAGUUCCACCAUCGGCUCGGUGCGUCGCGUCACAGAGCUGAAGCAAAACAACCAAUAAAGCCGUCUCUAGAUCGCUCUGUCUAGCCAGGCUAGAUCUGUCUGACAGCCUGCAGAAGUCUAUACAUAUGUAGAGGGGAUGACAACAUGAGUCAAUCUCAGAAUAUGGCUGAUAUCAGGGAAUAAGGAGAUUGUCCUUUAGUAAUUAGACCACUUACUGAGAAUAUGGCUGGGCUGAAGAAAGCAAGCAGUGGAUUGGAAUCCUGGUGUAGAUUUGUAUAUAGGAAUAUUUAAAGGGCUUUAUGCAGACAGAAGUCAAUUUAUACAUACCAUCCCCUCACAUUGAAUAAUAAACGAGUGGACUGCAGGGACAGUAUACUUAAUUGUGUCACUAAUGCAGCAUGCAGCAGCAGACAGUUGCAAUUUCUUCCAACUGAGACUGCUUAAAUUGUGGUGUUUGUUUUACAUUAUUCUGACCUAUAUCGAAACACGUGAACUUCAUGUGUCUACGACAAAGUUACUUUGUUAACUUGUCAAUGUAGCACUGUUUGGAAUAUAACAAAAUCUUACCAGCUGAUGUUUGAAGUGUGAGGUGUUUUUGACGUUUCUGACGUUCACUACAAGUAAAUCAAGUUUGAGCAAUCAUAUCAAUCACAAUAAUUAUUCAUAUUAACAAAAAAAACAAUAAAUCAAGGGGUACAAAAAUA